AGGGAUGUAACAGUGCGUAUCACAACUGACUAUAAUUAUCAUCCACGUAAUACAACCAACGGGAGAGUGUUUGCUAACAACCUGGAUGUUUUGUGGUCUUCGAAUUUCCCCAUGACCUUAAGUACCACCUCGUCUAUCAUCUGACAGCGGCUAUACACAAGCAGUUCAAAAUAAGAAUGCAAGUCUAAAUUCCUUGGUCUUUCAGCUUACCGUUUCCAAUUCAAGACAUUCAACUCAGCCUCACCAAAUUAAUAUCAAUCGCCAUGCCACCAAAUUCGCUCCUGGAGGCUGUUCAAGAAUGUCCAAAUAUAUACGAAUUAGCCUUGCGGCUGGAGGGGGACCCAUAUGCAGCGCUAUGGGGUGUCAUUCCACCUAGUAUCGACUUCCUGGACCGGCCUUCUGAAGAAACAACUCUUAUUGUGAUGCCGUCAGCGGCUUCAAGACUAGAAGAGGCAUACCGCGAGGCUGUGAGACAUGCCUAUCCCUACACCAAGGUAUUCGGCCCGUAUAAUACAGGGGCACAGCCUGUAAUCAUCGCCGUCCCCGAUCUCUCCGCCAAUAGCCCAGCCGAGGUUUUGGCAUCCUUGGUAGACCAACUGGCGGUUCUCUUCAACCUAGAGAACAUGAAUCUCGACUGGCGCGGCAAACUUGAGGUCAUGAGCCGCAUCGGUGGCCAAAGACUAUUCUCCAUAUUGAGCCAUGCCCCACUGGCGUACAUUGUCGACAUAGAUCGAGCCAUCGGCCAUCCUGACACGAUGGUCCUCAUCGAAGCCCUCAAGGCUCAGGUUGUGCUCAAGCAUGGAGGACAGAUGGUCUUUUACACCAGUACGAACAUCUCUGCACAGCUUGGCCUUUACCCUCGUUGGGGUGCCAAUUUCGACCACGGCGACAACACCACUUGAAUAUCCUGAGAAGAAAUGUCUACGGUCUGGUGUUCAUCGAACUCUACCCUAAUCUCGUUAUGAC